AGUACUCUCGAUACCUUCACGCACACCUCGAUACUCCGCUUACAGAGUAUAAUAUUGAUGUGGAUUUGCCUGGAAGCUUCAAAGAUCACUGGGCUAAAAAUUUGCCCUUUCUCAUAGAGGAUUAUGAAGAGCAACCAGGUCUACAGCCCCAUAUCAAAGAUGUGUUGCCUCAGAAUUUUGAGAGCUACAAGCCUGAUGUACAGGAGCUGAUUUGUGUAGCAGAUCGUUUGGGGUCUCUAAUGCAAUAUGAAACACCUGGUUUCCUGCCAAAUAAGAGAAUACAUAGAGCAAUGGGUUUGGCUGCUUUAGAAGUCAUGCAAGCUGUGCAAAGGACAUGGGCCAACUCUAAAGUGCGAAUGAAUGGAAAAACUCGACUGAUGCAGUGGAGAGAUAUGUUUGAUAUUGCAGUAAAAUGGCGAAGGUAAUGAUCCAGGGCAGAG